GGUGCCGGCUUUUUGGCAUCCCUAAUCGCGGCUGGCCCCUGUGAUUGGCUGCGCGGCUCUGACCCCGCUCGGGCUCCCGGCUGGGCGGAUAAAAGGGGCCUGAGCCGGGGGCUCCCAGGCAUUCCCGGAGCGGGCACCAGGGACCGCCGGCCGCAGCAUGACGGGCAAAGCGGGCGCGGCGCUGGCCCCCAGCCUGCCCGGUAAGCCUAAGCCCGACGGCGCGGCCGCCGCCCCGCCGCCGCCGCCUCCGCCGCCCCCCGCGGCGGGGGCCAAGCCCAGCUCCGGGCCCACCCCUCCCCGCUGCACCGGCUUCGGCAUCCAGGAGAUCCUGGGUUUGAACAAGGAGCCGCCGUCGCACCCUCGGGCCGCCCUGGACUCGCUGCCCGCCGGGCACCUGCUGGCGGCCCGCUCCGUGCUCAGCCCCGCCGGCGUGGGCGGCGUGGGCAUGGGGCUGCUGGGGGCCGGCGGCAUCCCCGGCUUCUACACCCAGCCCACUUUCCUGGAGGUGCUCUCCGACCCCCAGAGCGUCCACCUGCAGCCCCUGGCCCGGGCCCCCGGGCAGCUGGACAGCAGCCAGACGGCCAGCUCAGAUUCCGAGGAUGUCUCCUCCAGCGACCGGAAAAUGUCCAAAUCCUCCCUAAACCAGAGCAAGAAACGAAAGAAGAGGCGGCACAGGACAAUCUUCACAUCCUACCAACUGGAGGAGCUGGAAAAGGCCUUCAAUGAGGCCCACUAUCCUGACGUAUAUGCUAGAGAGAUGUUGGCCAUGAAAACAGAGUUGCCAGAAGACAGGAUACAGGUUUGGUUCCAGAACCGCCGAGCCAAAUGGCGGAAGAGGGAGAAGUGCUGGGGCAGGAGCAGCGUGAUGGCUGAGUACGGGCUCUACGGUGCCAUGGUGCGUCACUCCAUCCCACUGCCCGAGUCUAUCCUCAAGUCUGCCAAGGAUGGCAUCAUGGAGUCCUGCGCUCCUUGGCUCCUGGUUCAAGAUGGCUUUCCCAUGCCCAGGCGCUUUUCUAAACCCGAAUACCAACAAUUCUUUUUAGGGAUGCACAAAAAGUCUCUGGAGGCAGCGGCUGAGGCGGGGAGGAAGACGGAGGUGGAGCGCCAGGCCCUGCCCAAGCUUGACAAGGGUGACAAGGAAGAGAGGGGCCCGGAUCCCAAAACCACCAUUUCCCAGGAGGAACUGAGAGAAAACAGCAUUGCCGCCCUCAGGGCCAAAGCUCAGGAGCACAGCACCAAAGUCCUGGGGACCAUCACUGGGGACACCCCGGCCCCAGGCAGGAAGCCGGAGACAGGGGAGGAGGCGGCAGCGGCGGAGGAUGAGAGACAGACGGAGAAGUUGAACUCGUCGCAGAAGGAGGAGAAGCUGAUCUAGGGGGGGGGAAGAGGUGGCGGAAGCCAGCCCCAACAGACACUGUGUCCUCUGGGGGACGCGUUCCCCCUUGGACUGCCAGGUCCCCACAGCCGCCCCUACCCAGGGAGCGGGGCCUUGGUCUCUGAGUUUGGGGCUACCUGGCAGGGGUGCACCCCGCCUGCUCCCCUCGAGCAUACCCCUGCCCCUCGCUCCUCUGCCCCGCCGGGCCUUCCUCACCCCUCCCCUUCCUUUUGGGGGACCAGGAAGUGUCUCAUCAUUGUCGGCACCUGAGAGGACACCGAGGCUCUGGGUCCCUCCAGCCUCACGACCAGCUCUGGGGCUCUCUCCUCCUGCUCCAGCCCCAGCCCCUAUCUGCCAUCUUGGAGCGAGCCUAUCCCCUGCCGCCAUGCCCCUCCUUGGUGCACGUCUCCCCCCAGUGCUGCCCAGGCCUCCUCCCCUGGCACCCUGUCCCACCAUGCUCCAGGCAGACCCUCCACCUUCCCCUGGCCAUCAUCUCUGCCUCUGGCCCAGGCCACAGCAGGACAAGCCCGUGGCAGUGUUUGCAUGAAAUGGCGACUCUCUGUCCGGGGUGGUUUGCACCUUCCAGCCGUCUCUCCCUGCCCAGUGCUGGGGUCUGCUGGGAAGGGGCUGCAGCUUUAGAGCGGUUGAGUUUUGCCUCCGUUUGGCAGGGAGAGGCAGGUUUAGCCUAUGGGUGCGACACCCUGGUCCCACCUGGCACCUUGAGGUGACCCCAGCCCACAUUGCUGGCUCCCGCAGGGCUGGCCACCACAGCCGGGUCUGACUCUGCCCCAAAUGCCAAAGCCCUGCACCCCUGUGGAGGGGCCCAACAGUGAAUUUAUUUACUGAAUACAUUAUUCCAGGCGAGACAACAACAUCCGCCUAAUGUAUUUAUUGAAUUAAAUUUGUCCAGCUCGCCCUCUGUGUGUUAAAGGGAAUGACAGCCAUGCACAUCCACCCCAAUACACCCUGUAAUGUGUACAUACAUCUCCCAGCCGGC